CUUCUCUUCCUCUCACUAAUUUGCAGUUCCGGUCAUCAAGAUUGCCAAACGCUUUGAUUUCAUUAACCAAUUCCAACAACCACAAGAGGAAGGGGAAUAAGGAAUAUAUCCGUUUAAGAUUACCAGAUUCAUCAAUAACACGCUUUUGGAGAGCGCACCGACUUCCCACCCUUCACGCACAACCGGUUUCCAUUCAUAAUGUGCCUCAGCGGCAUUUCGCCGAGCGUGAUGCGAUCCCCUCCAUUCUUCCGGUGGCCUUUUGCUCGGUCGCACCCGUUUGAUCCCCACCAUAACCCGGGUUGCCUUUGUCACCGGAAUUGAGCCCUCGCCCGCCCGCCACCACCGGGUUAACGGUGCUCUCCCUGGCGUAGCUGUCCGGUUACACGGCGUAGGUGCAGCGUCGUCGCUGCAGGACCAGGCCGUGAGACCCCAGCGUGGCGCUCCCUCGGAAUUGCCAGACGGCGAAGGCGAAGCGAAGACCAGGCUUCGCGGGUCCACCGGGAAGUUGUCGACGAAGAUGACGGCGUGGGAUAGGAAUCGCGUCGGAGAAAAGAAGCGGCGAGACCAAAAGCAAGAAAAGGGGGUCGUCGUGGCGGAAGGCGGCGAUGGCAGCGGGGGAUCUGGACUUACCGCUCACGGGAGCUUCCCAUCGGCAGAGUUCGUCGAUCUGGACCGUUCGAUGGACCGCUCCAGAUUGAGUUGAGGUACCAGGAUUCUAGUGGAUGAAUCGCUGUUGUUGGUGGGGGCCCAUCUGAUCUCUUAUUCCCUCUCCGGUCUUCUCUCCUUUCCUCUCCACAACAUCAUCCACGGGAAGAAAGACAGAGGAAGCAAUGGCAGUAUGUAUAUCGAGCAAGUCAAUGACUCUCCACCAUUGGUUGCACAAGUGUUCCUCUUCGGUCGGUUCAGUAUCGGCAGCUGUAGCAGUAGCUGUUGCAUGGAAGAAGGGGAAGAUGAAGAAGCUAUGCUUACUUCCCGUGAAUUGCACCCCCUUGGAGCAAAACCCCAAAACCGAACAAGAACAUAUGACAGAGGAGGAGGAGGAAGAGGAAUUCAGAAUUCUGUGUGAACCCUGCAAUGGCAGAGGAUGGCUGCUUUGUGACUUCUGUAAAGGCAAGAAGAACAAUGUGAAGGCUGAAAACAAUCGAAUCUACCGCCGUUGCCCAACAUGCAAAGCUGUUGGUUAUGUUUUGUGCUCAAAAUGCAAAGUCUUCAAGUGUAUCACCUUCCCAGAUUAUUCUGAUGGCGAGCUGACUGCCUAAGUCUAAUAUAACUCGACUCCAGUUAUAUAUUCUUUUCUUUUUUUUUUCUUUCCUGAGAUUGGUUUCCCUUUCAACAUGGAAACCAGAUAUAGCAGGAGUAGAUUGAUGUGCUUUCAUCAAUAUCCAUGAGGCAUUUCUUAAUCUAUAAUCCUUCUUGCUUAAAAUGAAGGCGAUCGUACUGCAAGACUACUCAUGUUGAAAUCAGGAGGAGGCGGUUCUAACAUUGCUUAAAAUGUAAGGGGCGGGCAGCUAGCUAUCAUUCUUAUCGAAUAAACCACUCUAUCAGUGUCAUCAUCAUUGAUGAGUCAUCAUCCCUAUAGGAUCAUUACUUGGUCAUCAUGCCGAUCAGGUAAGGUACACGGAUGGAUAUGAUAUGAUAUCAAAUUACCUACAUACAUGCCGAAGCCCCCAUAUCAUUUACCCCCAUCGGAUUUUUACAUAGAUUGGUUUGAGACACGACGUCUUAUUUGGCGGACUAUUUGAUCACGUCAUCUAUUGUAUGUAUGGAUGCACUGACUUCACGUCGGUUGGUAUGUACUUGGUUGACUUUCACUAAGUCAAUUGUAGUUAUGGCCAAAUUUGUUUGUUUUGUGAUCUGAA